AUGACUAUAUUCAAUGUAUCAUUAAUAAUCAACAACCAAAGAUUAUCCCCUAAAACUUUUGAUAAUUUUUUUGUCUGAAUUAGGUAGUAAUCAAUUAAAUAUAUCAUUUAUAGAAUUCAAAAAAAUUAAUAGACUUUUCCCUUAAUUCCCAAUCAGAACUAGAUAUAAAAUUACAAAUAGAGAAUUUUUAAUUAUUGAAUCUUGAAGGAUCUUGUCAAGAAAAUACUCUCUCCUUUACUCCUUUACAGGUAUUUACAUAAAAUUCAACCCAUUAGAUCAUAAUCAUAAUAGCAUCAUCAUCCAAUUGA